CCCGUUGGAAAGGCAGAAUCGCAGCUUCCCGCCCGUGUCACCGCGUCACAGCCCCCACAGACCACAACCCUCACCCGCCAGCAUGUCACAGCCACAGGAACACAGUGUUGUCAACCAGCCCCCCACAGAACCACCCUUCAGGCUCUUUCUAUUGCUCAAACAUGUGCCAACAACAGGGACGAACUCAAGGACAAGCCAGACCCCCAGCCAGAUCACCAGCAGCCUCACCAGCCUUACCACCAGCUCGUCCCAGAAGCCCCCACUGGUCAUACUUCAGCCCCAGGCCCGGAUGGCUCUUGCUAGACAACGAGCACCCCGGCUGCCCCUCCUGAUGCUGCCUGUAGAGCACACACCACCACCCAAGGCCUCGUCACUCACCAUUAAAGAAGUAGAAGAAGAAGAAGAAGAUGUAGAUGUUGAUGUAGAAAAAGUAGAAGAAGAAGAAGAGGAGGAGGAGAAGGAGGAGGAGGAGGAGGAGGAGGAGGAAGACAACCCGCCAACCCAGGCAGCUGCCACCCAAACUGUUCCCGAAGAGCCCCUCUCACCCAUCCCCCAGACACUGACACUUGAAGGACACACACCACUACCCUAUCCAGCUGCCACCCAGACACUUCCUGCAGAACACACAUCAUCUCAGCCACCUGCCAUCAAGAUUCUUGCAGGCGCACACCACUACCCCGGCCAGCUGCCACCCAGACACUUCCUGCAGAACACACAUCAUCUCUGCCACCUGCCAUCAAGAUUCUUACAGGACGCACAUCACUCUUCCGGCCAGCUGCCCCCAUGAAGGUUCCUGCAGGACACACAUCACCCAAGCCCCCUGCACUGACAAUUCAAGGACACACACCAGCCCAGCCCCCUGCCACUAAGGUUCCUGCAGGACACCCAGCCCCCAAGCCCAAUAUCCUGGUAAUUUCUGCAGGACACACACCAUGCCAGUCCACUGCCACCACGGUUCCUGAAGGACUUCCAGCCCCCAAGCCCAACAUCCUCAUGGUUCCUGCAGGACUCACACCUCCACCCCAACUUUCUGCCCUCACAGUUCCUGCACCACACCCUCCACCACCCCAGCCCCCUCCCCUAGUGGUUCCUGAAGGGCACCCAUCCCCCGAGCCGCCCCCCACAACAGCGGAUGGAGUACCACUGCGACGGAAUCCUAGCCGCCGCUGCAAUGAACUGCCACCACCCCCGCCCCCCGUCCCGGAGCUUCCUGAAGGACACAUACCACCCCAGCCACUCGGGGCCCCCACCCUGGGAUCUCCUAGAGGACGAUCACGCCGGGGUCGUGGCCGGCGGGGCCGUGGCCGCCCACGCAAGCACCCACUGUCAAGACUGCCCACCCCAUCGCCCCCACCACCUCCCCCAGUGUAUCCCAUAGGAGUGCGCCGGCCCCGUGGCCGCCCCAAGCACCCACUACCCAUUUCACCUCCCCCUGCUCCCCCUCCUCCUCUAGUACCAGUGCGCCGCCCCCGGGGCCGCCCACGCAAGCAUUCACAAUACCACAGAUUUCUCCCAUCCACCUCGGCCAGCACCACCACUGGCCACCACCACCAGCAGCCGUGGCCUUCAGCUGAGGUGGAUGAGGAUGGCAGUAUGAGCUGGGAUGAGGAGGAGGUAGGGGGGGCAGUGGGUGGUGGCAGUGGGAGUGAUGAGGAGAAGGAGGACGGAGCAGAGGGUGGUGAGGGCAGCGGCUCGAACUACAAGCCUAGCUAUGAGUGUCCGCUGUGUGGGCGGACGCUGAACACCAAGCCAGGCUACAACAACCACAUCAAGACACACUUCAACGUGAGGAAGUACAACUGCUUUGAGUGCGGCAAACAGUUCUCAGACAAGUCCAACCUGAUCACCCACGCCAUGAUGCACAACGUGGUCAAGUACUACCAGUGCCCUGAGUGCAACGACAGCUUCCGCCACAAGGAGGAGCUGCUGGCGCACGUCUUCACACACAAUGACGCCUCAGACUGCCCCCACCAGUGCCGCCACUGUGGCGAGAGGUUCCUCACCAGGACCUACCUCACCCUGCACAGGCUGUCACACCCCGGCAUCAACAACUCAGACUGCCUGGAGUGCGGCAAGGAGUUCACCAACAAGGGCCUGCUGGUGACGCACACCAGGCAGCACAUGGGUGGGGACGGCCUGGCCUGCAGGGACUGUGGCCGGAGGUUCCUGCAGCGGUCCGCCCUCACCCAGCACCAGGUCACCCACCGCUCCGUGGAGUUCUAUGAGUGUCCAGACUGCGGCAUGAAGUGCGUCACCAAGCCGGACCUGAUCCUGCACCGCCACACCCACGCCGAGGCCAAGAUAGACGGGUGCGGCGUGGGCCACGGCCAGGGCAAGCACGAGGAGUGCCUGGAGUGUGGCAAGCUGUUCGGCAACAAGUCGCUGCUGACGCUGCACACCGCCACGCACCGCGGCGUGCGCAGCUACGAGUGUCUGGAGUGCGGCGAGAAACUGGCCAACAAGGCGCGGCUCAUCCUGCACGCCAGGACGCACCUCGGCCUCAAGAGCUUCGAGUGCUACCAGUGCGGCAAGAUUUACCCCAGCGUGUACGGCCUCAACCAGCACAAGCUGCGGCACGGCGCCAAGCGGCACCAGUGCCAGCUGUGUGGCAAACGGCUGGCCACGGAGCGCAGCCUGGCAGCACACAUGUUCAUACACGUUCGCCGGAAGAAGGGCAAGCGCGUCGUCUGCCUGGAGUGUGGAAAGAGGUUCUACGACAAGAAGGACCUGGACAAACACGCCCAGAAGCACGACGAAGACAUCGACUACCGGUGUGAACAGUGCGGCAAGUACUUCUCUGGUGCCUCCAGCCUCAAGGCACACAUCCUCAGGCACUCCGGCGUCAGGCCAUACAAGUGUGACCACUGCGGCAAGUGCUUCCUAACCAAGUCCGAGCUGGCCAGCCACAUCUUGGUGCACCUCUGAGGCUGCGGCAGCGGUGGCGGUGGUGGUGUUUUGACUUUCAAUAAAUAUUUACUAUUU